AUGACCAUGCAAGACGCGACUUCGUUCUCGUUAACAAAUCCUGGGCACACUGAAACGGCCAUGGCCUUAAUCGACAUAUUAAGCCAGCCACUACUCGCCAGGCGUAAGAGAAUCUUAGUUAUUUGCUUCUAUAUGGCUCAAAUGGAUGUGAUAAAAGAACAAUUGGAGGCAAGGCAAGUCAGGAAUGUAAGCUGCUCUACAGUAGACAGCAUACAAAGUCAGGAGGCGGAUAUAGUAUUGCUUAUCACAACAAAGACUCGAACUGGUAGCGCCAAAAAAGUUGAGGAAGAAACGGCAACAUUUUGGACUGAUCCUCAACGCUCAAAUGUUGCGUUAUCCAGGGCAAGGUUUGGGUUAUUCAUUAUAGGUGAUCUCACGAUUCUGUGCAAACAUGGAGCUGUCUGGUCGCGUUUCAUUCAUGAAGCUAGAAGCCAAACAGUGGUUGUCGUGCCGGAAUACGUAAGAUUAAUGCUAAGGCAGGAUGCCAGUAGCUGAAGACCAUUAUGCAGAGGUA